AAAAACCAAAAAAAAAAAAAGUGAGAAAAAACAUUAUAAAGGGAGCUUCGAUUUUAACUCCCAAAAUUAGCAAAGAAAAACAUUCACUCGUUAACUCUUCUCCUCCAUCCAUCCCAUUCAUCUUCUUUUCUCCCUUUUCACUUCUCUCACUCGUUUUUAUUCGCUUCCUUCGUCUCUUCCGAUUUGUUCCUUUCGUGAAUUUCGCUUCUCCUGAAUUCUCCGAUUCGUCAAAUCUUCCUCGAGUUUUCUCCAUAUCCGCGUUUUCCCUUAUACGUUAAGAAACCAUUUUUUUUUUCACAACAACAACAACAACAAAAAAAGAUGCAGGAAGAGACAAUAAGUGAUCCUUAUGGAGAGAUUGAGAUAAGCUUUGGUUAUCAAUGCAAUAGUAAAAAGAUUAGUAUCCCUGAAGACAACGUUCUUGCUGGCUUUAGGCUUCAAAAGACAAGCAGCUUCUCUUGUUUAUCAGGUGCUGCUCUAAGCGGAAACCCAACGUUAGCCAACACGAACAUCUGCAACGGAGUGAUCGGCUCUGAGAUUCUGCCAUCUCUCGAUUCUCCAAAAUCAUUCAGGAAAGUUCCGUCUUCCCCUGCGCUUUCCAAGCUUGACAUACUCUCUCCUUCUCUCCAUGGGAGCUUGGCGAGUCUAAGCUGCAGCUCGUCUACUAGCCCGAGCCCUCCUGAGCCAGAAUCUUGUUUCUUGUCCUCCAUGAGUUCUCCUUCUUCCGUGAACGAAGGGUUUCUUCUAUCUGCCAUGGAAGUUCAAGUUGCUGGCGGUGCUGCGGGUGAAGAUAGGGUUCAGGCGGUUUGCUCUGAGGAGAACGGUUGGCUCUUUUGCGCCAUCUACGACGGAUUCAACGGAAGAGACGCUGCUGAUUUCUUGGCCUGUACGUUGUAUGAGUCCAUUGUGUUCCAUCUCCAGUUGCUUGAUAACCAGAUGAAGCAAAGCCUUACAGUGACGCAGCUAGAUGAUGACGUUGGCGAGAGACAGGGAUUGUUGUCGAACAUAAGUAUUGUAGACUCUUCUUCAUCUGAUUUGUUCAGACAGGGAGUGCUAGAUUGCUUGAACCGUGCGCUUUUUCAGGCGGAGAAUGAUUUCCUGAGGAUGGUUGAGCAAGAAAUGGAAGAGAGACCGGAUUUAGUAUCCGUCGGGUCUUGCGUUCUUGUCACUCUCCUUGUCGGGAAGGAUCUGUACAUCCUGAAUCUAGGUGACAGCAGAGCUGUACUAGCGACCUACAAUGGUAACAGGAAGCUGCAAGCUGUUCAGCUCACGGAGGAUCACACUGUUGAUAACGAAAUCGAAGAAGCUAGGCUCUUGAGCGAACAUCUUGAUGACCCCAAAAUCGUUAUUGGUGGGAAAAUCAAAGGAAAGCUCAAAGUUACUCGUGCUCUAGGAGUUGGUUACUUGAAGAAGGAGAAACUGAACGAUGCACUGAUGGGAAUCCUCCGUGUUCGUAACCUCUUGAGCCCACCUUACGUUUCGGUGGAACCAUCGAUGAGAGUUCACAAGAUAACGGAGUCGGAUCACUUUGUUAUAGUUGCAAGCGAUGGUUUGUUCGAUUUCUUCAGCAACGAUGAAGCGAUCAAGCUCGUUCAUUCCUUCAUUUCUAGUAAUCCUUCUGGUGAUCCCGCAAAGUUUCUACUUGAACGUCUUGUAGCGAAAGCUGCUGCUCGUGUUGGCUUCACGUUGGAAGAACUAAUGAAUGUUCCGACUGGUCGGAGACGGAGGUAUCAUGACGAUGUGACUGUGAUGGUAAUCACACUCGGUACGGAUCAACGCACCUCAAAGGCUUCUACGUUCGUUUGAUUUUUGAUGAUUUAUUGAUGAUUAAUGAUGAUGAUGAUGAUGACGACAAAUCGUGGAUUGGUGAAACUGUAGAUAUAGUCUCUUGAUCGUACCUAAAGACGUUUGGAACUGAUGUUGAAUUUGUCUUUGCUGGUAUUUUUCCCAACGUAUAGUAGUAAAAGUACGUACAGUAUAUAUAUAUAUAUAUAUAUAUUUAUUGUAGUGGUCGUAGUUUGGGAUUUUUUUGGUUACUUGUUUUUGUCAUCUUCUUAUUAUUUCUUUGGAGAUUUUAAAAGGGGUCAGUGUCUGUCCAAGAGCCGCAAGACGUUGGUUGUUGCUCUGCUUUUGGCCUUAUUGGGUUUGGUUUUUAGCGUCUGGUUUGUAACAUAUAGACUGUACCGGUUCUGUUAAUUGGUUAACGACUACUGGAAUAAAUGUUGAAAUGAGAGCUUAUUUCACUGUUGUAGUCACGUAUAGGGGUGGGCAAACGGG